AUGCCUGUUAUCUCCCGACUAAUCUCGAUUGUCUUCCGCGUCGCGCAAAUUGUUUGCGGUGCGGUCGUCGCCGGUAUCAUUGGUCACUACCUUGCCCAAUACAGCGGUGACGCAUGGCCUGAAGCCCGCUGGAUCUACACCGAAGUCGUCGCCGGGUUAUCAAUCCUCCUUGGCCUGAUAUGGCUCAUACCAUUUUCCUCUGGAUUUUUUUCCUGGCCAUUUGACGUCAUCAUCUCCCUUGCAUGGUUUGCCGCAUUCGGUAUCCUUGUCAACGCCAUUCACAAGUUGAGCUGCGGCAGUAUCUGGCACUGGGGUGGUCUCUACCGCAACAAUACUUGCAGUCGCUGGAAGGCCGCUGAAGCGUUCAGCUUCAUCUCGGCUAUUGUCUGGCUUGCCUCGGCGCUUGUGGGUCUUUGGUUCACUUUCCGUGUUAGGAAGGAAAGCACUGCCCCUACCUAUGGUCGCCGUCGCUUCUUCGGUCGCUCCGCCGUGUAA